UAGUUUCGUUUUUGAGGUUAUAUUCAGUCGAAAAUAACGUUGUAAUAUUUUAAACUAAAAUUUAUAAAAAAAUAACAAUAAAAAAAUAUUUUUCAAUAGAAAAUUGUUUAAAUAAUAAUUAUAAAAAUUUUAUUCUGUGAUAAUUAAUAAAAAAUGAAGCCGAAAGCAAAAAAUUCGUUUAAAAUCAACGCGGAUGAUACGAGUAAUAAUAAAAGAAUAGUAUUCUCAGAUGACGAAAGUAGUAAUAAAAAAGAAAAAAGAAAUUUAUUUGAUGACGGCGACGAGGAUUGUGAUUAUGAUAUUUCGCAGAUAAAAAAGUCUAAGCGUAAAGUCUUGGGGAAUGAUGAAAGAUUUACGAUCGAAAAAGAACACUUAAAUGAGGACGAAGAACAGGAGGAAGACUAUGAACAUGAAGAACCAGUUCAAGAGCAAGAAGAUGAUUUCGCUCAUGAGAAGAAAAAGGAGUUGGAAAUUUUGGGAGCAAUAUUGGGAAAGCCGAUGUUGCCGAAACCAGAAAAUGUUCCUGCUAAGAAAGCGAGUACAAUGGUGCGCUACGACCCGACAGUAGACGAUCACCACAAGCAUGAAAUAAAAGCUAGUAAAGAUGAAACAGAGCCGAAGAAAAAAUCGAAGAAAAAGAAGAAAGAAAUUGAAGCUGAAGCUGAAGCAAAAGCUAAUGAAGAGCCUCAGCUUCCUCCUAUUAAUGAAGAUAUUUUUUACUCUGUAUCGGAUAAAUUAACUGAAAGCUUACAGAAGAAAGAAGAGUUCAGUUUAUUAAAAACGUUUGGGUCUACUGUACCUGAGGUUGAGCAACAGCCGGAAAAAGCCAAGGCGACGGAUAUUCAGCCGCUGAAACUUAAAUAUAAUAUAAAAAAAAAAAAUCCGUUCAAAUAUGACUCGUCUGAUGACGAGGAUGGUCCACAGAAAAAUAAAAAAAGUAAUAAAUUUACUAAUGAGUUUAGUGGAAAAUUUGGACAGCCGAAAAAUUUUUUCUUCGCAGUUAACGAUCCAAGAUUUAAAGACGCUGAAGAAUUUUUCAAAACAACCUCAACGUCUGAUGAGUCCUUCAAAAAUACCAGGCGUGAAUUAAAACACAUAGUGAGGUCUAAGAUUCGAAACAACGUUCGGAGAAUCCGGCCAUGGAAAACUAAAAUCUCAAGAGUCAGGUCGACAAAGAAGUAAAGUUGUUUUUUUAUUUUUUUAAUAAAAAAAAAUCGAUCCAAUUAAAAAAUUUUAAUGUAAAUAAAUUUUUUUUUCAUAUUACAAACAGUUUUUCAUAUCACACCAUUAUAUUAUUUCGUAAAAAGUAAAAAAGAAAUUUUUUUUUUUUUUUUUUUUUUUUUUAUUUUUUAGGAAAGUUUAGAGUAAAGGAAUCUAUAUGAUAAUAUAUAAAAAGAUAAAAUUUUUAAAUGUAGGAAAUUAAGCAUCCCUGCGAUAAAUCUUUGACAGUAUUUUAAAGAAUAAAUCAUGAGGUAGACCACGUGAUAUUUGUUGUAUAUGAGUAUUCAUGAGAUUGUAACUUUCUUCCUCGUAAAUAGCAUAAGUUGUUGAUAGCCCCAAAUCGUCAUACAACUGUUUUAUUUGUGCUACUUUCUCUUCAUCAUCAAUCCCGUAACAUUCCUAUUGGAUUUAAAAGAAUACAUUAAUAUAAUAUUUAUUCUAAAAUAAUUUUAUCCAUAGCAGCAAGUACUGGGAUAAAUGUAGUUUUAUAAAAAGAAAGGAAAUAAAUUAUUCACUUCAAAGAUUUUACGCUGUGAGGGAGUCACGCGUUGAAGAGCCACGACUGCUAGCCACGUACACUUUCCUUCUUUAAUGUCUAAUCCUUGUUUUCCAGUUAUUCUCGGAUCCCCAUAAAUAUUUAGAUAGUCAUCUUGGACUUGGAAAAAGUGUCCCAUCUCUAA